AUGGCAAUCAAUAUCACGAAAGACCUCGUACCCAUCGAUCUGGCGAAAGGCAUCCUCGGAACGGUCGCAAAUAUCCUGAUCAUUGCGCAGUCAGUGAUCAAGAAUAAGUCCGAUUUCCAGGCAAUAGUCGACAAGUGCGAGACUAUCAGGGAAAUCCUUGAAAGAGCGACCAAGCAUGCCACCGACGAUGAUCUGCGAGGAUACUUGGGCCAUGCCUUAUCCCAGUUGAACAAAUCAGUAAACCAUAUCAAUAGUGAAGUAGCCUCAAAAAAGGAGCAAGGAUUUUGGCAGAGGCUCCUGUCUGUCACGAGUGAUCGCGACCGCAUUGCCGGAUGGGAAAAAGACUUGGAUCGUGUCAUCCCACUAUUCAGUGCUGAGAUGCUCGUUGGUCUCACGAUUGGAAUGAACGUGCGGACCUUGGGACUCAAGGACAAUGUUCAUGGGAAUGUCGAAAGGUAUCAUCCACCAGUGCCCCCGUCACGUCCCUCCAUGUUUUAUGGACGUGAGGAUCUCGUAGCGGAGUUGACAAACCUUCUACCUUGGAACGCACAUUUUGAUGCACCGGAAAGGCAUGGUCUUGCACAUACGUUAGCUGGGAAAACGGCAAACAUCAAGAUUCAGACCGCAGACAAUCACACUCUCGGUGCAUGGUUCAUUCUCUCAGGUUAUCUAGCACCUCACCAAUUUGCGUCCAGAAACUCAAGGCCUACCUUGCACGCAAUGGACAUACGUUCCUUGGAGCGAGAGAUUGACGAGGGCCGCGUUGCCUUGUACCCGUAGAGCCUCGGCUCCAUUAUGCCUUACCAUUGACUCGGUUCGUCUUAUCUCUGACUCCCUUUGACUCAUACCUUUGAUCCGGGUUAUCUCUGACUCCCUUCGACUCAUACCCUUAACCCAUGG